UGUUUCCCGUGUUCCGUAAACACGCAAGCAAGUAAAUCAGCGAAGACGACCCGCAGUCAUCGACUCCGGCUUCGUCCGAAAACGCGAUGGAAGACAACAUUAUCAGUAAGACCGAGUUCAUCGCUGCUCGACAGAUUCUUCGUUGCAGUGCCCUUAUUACCUGUGUCUGUGCAAGCGUCCACGAUCAACAAGGCCAGCGGAGACAAGCAUCAACACACCUCGGAGAACAUCAUCCGUUCCCCGGCGGUCCAGCAUCAACUCGGUCCUUCAACCAUGAUCAACAUCAAGCAACAUCUUCAUGUUUCGGUUCACCUGAUGGAAACGCAUCAACGGUACUUUCACUUCUUCGAUCUUCUUUGACCAGAAGACCGCCGAAGCAGUUCAAUCCGUACCGUCGCUUCCAACAGGGGGAGAUGUUGGGACAACUGGACCAGAGCUUGGGAACCACUGCCAUCAACUGUGGAGGUCCACUCGCUUUCCCGCUGGGCUCUUCGUUGACAGCUUGGCUGUCACCACGACAGAUGCCGCAACAGCCAAACCACGAUCCUCGUCCAAGAACAGUUUGUCGUUUUUAGCCCGUUCACCAGACAACAUGUCUGGCUAGUUUUGUCUCGUAAUAAAAUAGUUUUAUGUUUGAUUA